UUCGGUCGUUUGAUCAUCGUGAUGUGAUUUAUGAGAAUUAUUACGGUCAAUUAAAAAUAGACACUGCAAGAUAAUAUUAUACAUACAAGACAACGCGUAUUCACAUGUCGGAUAAUCAUGUAACACAGAAUUUCAAAUGAAAAGAUUCUUGUAAUGGGGAAUGAAUUAAUUUUAUCGGGUCUCCGUUAUGACGCGUACGUUACUGAAGCGGAGUACAUAAAGUAGGACGUUUUAUCACGAUGGAAGUACAGCUGGUGAAAGGAAUUCGCUGUCUCGCUGCUCGGUAGUGUCUUCUACGCUUCAGUCGCGAGACCGCUGCGGUUCCGGCGUCGUCUUACACGUUCUCUACACCUAACAAUAAGUGCAAGAUGAAGCUGUACAGCGUCUCGGACGGUCCACCGUCCCUCGCGUGUCGGCAGCUGCUGAAGGCUCUGAAUAUUCAGUACGAGUUGAUCGACGUGGAUUUUGGGAAAGGCGACCACAUGACCAAAGAAUACGCCGAGCUGAAUCCGCAGAAGGAGAUACCGACCCUAGUCGACGAUGACCUCGUGAUGGGCGAAAGUAACGCUAUUCUGCAGUAUCUGGCCGAUCAGUACGACACGAGCGGCAAAUUGUAUCCGAAGGAGCCGAAGCUGCGAGCGAUUGUCAAUCAUCGUCUCUGCUUCAAUUUAGCGCUUUAUUAUCGCAAUAUAGCGGAACAUACCUUGCAGCCGAUAUUCUUCGAUUACCAACGCACGCCGUUGACUUUGAAGAAAACGAAAAUGGCACUGGACAUUUUUAACACGUACCUGCGAAAUUCCGAGUAUGCAGCAGGCAAUGACUUAACGAUCGCCGAUUUUCCGCUCGUGACGGCGACAAUGUGUCUGGAGGCCAUCGACUUCAACCUGGACGCGUGGCCUCACGUGGCGAGGUGGUACAGCAAUUUCAAACGGAGACGUCCCGAUCUCUGGGAGAUCGCGGCAGGUGGGAUGCGGGAGAUCAGUUACUUCGAGAAACACCCGCCCGAUUUGUCGGGGAUGGAUCACCCGAUACAUCCGGUGCGCAAGAGCGCGUGAAAGUCAAGAAAUUAGACGAUUCCAAGAGCAACCACGCCUCAGUUUUUGUGCCGAUCGAUCUUGCAAAACGCAAGUGUGGAGAAGAACGACAGUAAAAGCGAUGUUCUUGUACUAAACUAGAUUUAUUGUUGACACAUCACAUUCGUUUCCCGCGCAAUAUAGCUUCGCAAUACCGCU